AUGUUGCUCUCCGAAGAACCAGCAACCCUCAUCCACCACACAAUCGAGAACUUCAACAUCGCGCCAGAUAAGCUCGCCGUAUCGCGCGUCACAGAAUCCCUUUCCACACUCCAGCAAGCCCGCGACCUUCGCGUCCGUGAAGCAGAAUCAUCACUCAAGAAGCUCUCCCGCCAACUCGCAACGCACACCUCACGCCACGAUGAUCUCGUAGCAUCACAUUCAUCUACAGACCACGCUUCUAAUAUCGCGCGUCUCGACACCCUCAAGUUCCGCACUGCAAAAGCCGCCGCCGAUGCCGAGACCGAAGCUGAGCGCCUUGCCCUCACAGCCGCAGACCUAAAAGCACGGCUGCGCGAGCUGGAGCUGCAGGGCGUAGAAGGCGAUGCCGCUACGAACGCGCGGCGUAGAGAUCCUGUGGAUGACGAAGUGCUGCUGAGGCUUAAGGUGUAUCGUAGCCUAGGCAUCGAUAUCGAGCGCGAUGACAGAGACGGCGAGUGGUCCAAGGCGGUGAUUCGAAAUGACCGCAAGGGAGAUGUUCAUGUUGUCAACAUGGACAAGAAGUUUUCGCGAUUCUUCUAUGCAAACUACUUCUGGCAAACUCUUUAA